AUGUCUGCGGGGUGGAAUUUUCCCUCAACUCAACUACGACCCCUUCGGUACACAAUGGGAGCCAUCACAGCUCCAUUCGGCCAGUGGAAAAGCCCCAUCAGCUCGACCUUACUCGGUGCUGACGGGGUUCAAUUCGAAGCUAUCGCGGCAUCAAAUGGCAAGAUUUACGUCAUCGAAGCACGUCCGAAAGAGCAGGGAAGAGGCUGUAUUGUGGAAUAUUCUGGUAGUGAAGGACGCGACAUAUUACCGGCAAAAUAUGAUGCCCGGAACAAAGUCCACGAAUAUGGAGGGGCUUCAAUGAUUGCCUUGAAUGGGCAAAUCAUUUUCACCGACCGGGAGACUCAAGAUCUACACCGACUGAACCCUUCCACUGGGGACAUUGAGCGUAUCACCAACACGGACACCACCCUCCGCUAUGUGUGCACUUCCGCGAUCACCUCUUCAGCGGACAAAAGCGCGACGCCUGAAUGGCUCCUGGCGAUCGAAGAAGACCACACCAAUCCCCUACCAGCCGAUGUUCGGAACCGCCUAGUGGCUGUCAAUAUGCAAAGCAAAGAUAUCGUCAAUGUCGCCUCUGGGGAUGACUUCUAUAGUGCGGCGCAAUUUUCCCCUGAUGGCAGCAGGGUAUGCUGGAAUCAAUGGUCUCAUCCUGAUAUGCCAUGGACCGGAGCACGUGUCUACGUCGCCAAAUGGAACAACGGCCAGGUCACUGAUGUCAGACUUGUUGCCGGUGUCCCUGAGAAGGAAAGUAUCUCGCAACCUCGGUGGGGUGUCGACAACACAUUGUACUUUACAAGCGAUCGCACGGGAUAUUGGCAGCUGUACCGAUUCAAGGCUGAUGGCCAGGAGGAAGCCCAGAGAUUGGCACUUCGCGGCUUGGAGAAAGUAGAAUUCUCUCAGCCAGAUUGGCGUCUUGGAAAUUGCACAUACGUCAGUCUCAGUUCAACCUCGAUGAUCGCUUCUUACAACAAGAACACUCGCUGGACGUUUAUACUGAUCGAUUUGAACAACGACACUUGGAGUGAUAUUAACGUACCGGUGACAGACACAAUCAUUAUAGCAGACACCCCUCUCUCGGAAUCCAAGGUUGCCCUCCUUGGUUCCAACGAGACCACUUUCAGCACCUUGUUCACAUUGGAAACAACCGGCACGGUUCAACUCAAUGCGAUCAAAGCUGCCUCCGACUUCCCGAUGUCCGAAUCUCUGAUCUCCCACCCGAAACACAUUUCAUUUCCAAGAGUUCAUGGUGCAAACCGCGAAGGAGAGGCGCAUGCGAUCUACUACCCACCCCAAAACCCAGACUACCAAGCGCCUCCUGGAACAUUGCCUCCACUGAUCGUGUGUGUUCAUGGUGGGCCAACUUCCAUGACUGGAUCGGGAUUGAAUGUCACGGACCAGUACUGGACUUCGCGGGGCUACGCCGUUGCCUGGGUGAACUACGGCGGCAGCUCUGGAUAUGGCAGAGCAUACCGGGAUUCUCUGAACGGGCAAUGGGGUGUUCUUGAUACCGCAGAUGCAGCCAGCUGCGUGACACACCUCACCUCGACCGGCCAAGUAGACAAGAACGGAGUCGGCGUGCGAGGUGGUAGCGCAGGAGGCUACAUCGUCCUCCAAGCUCUUUGCGACUAUCCGGACCUCUUUUCCGGCGGUGCCUCGCUGUAUGGAAUUGCAAACGUCCGAACUCUCUGCGACGACACUCACAAAUUCGAGAGUCAGUACGCAUACGCGCUAUUGUUCGAGCCGGGAGCGAGUGAAGAGGAGAAGAACCGCAUUUUCCUCGAACGCAGCCCAUGUGUCAAGGCGGACAAAAUCACUGCUCCGCUACUGUUCCUUCAGGGAGACGAGGACCGCGUUGUUCCGCUGAAUCAGGCGGAGGAAAUGGUCGAUCUGAUGAAGAAGGCUGGCCGGGAUCCUAAGUUAGUAGUGUUCAAGGGCGAAGGUCAUGGAUUCAGACGCGCGGAGAACCGGAUCGCCGCUGUGGAAGAGGAGGAGAAGUGGUGGAAGCGAGCAUUGUUGAAGCUGUAG